UUCGUCUGCUUUGUUUUUUUUUAACUCUCUCUCUCUUCUUUGAUUCUUUCUCUCUCAGCUGUUACCAUCUUCUAAUCUACCCUCUCACCUUCUUAAUCACUUUUUGAUUAAGCCUAACUUUUUUUUUUUCCUACACCAAAAAUUAAAAAAAAAACCUAAUUUACUGCUAGCUCCUCGAUUGAGUUCAGGCUUCUCCUUCUUCUUCUUCUUCUUCUUCUUCUUCUUCUUCUUCUGGCUCCUUUGCUGCAAAAAUCUAUCCAAUCCUUAAGUCGUCUCUCUCGAUUUAAGAUUCUUCUCAGCAUUUGUUUAGAUCGUGGUUUUCGAGCUCUGUUGGCGAUUCUCUUGAAGACAUAUGCCUUGAAAACACCAAACAAAAAACAACAAAAGCAGGGUGCUUUGAUUGUUUUAGAGGCUAAUAUUUGAAAGCCUUUGCGGUAGUGAAGCAUGGCACUUCGGCUACCAGCUUCUAAAGCAGCUGAAGUUGCGAUUGGAUCCAUUGGCUGCGGUUAUGAUUUAGCUAUUGAUGUAAGGUUGAAGUAUUGCAAAGGAGGCUCCAAAGAUUCUAGAUUGCUUGAUAUUAAAGAAGGUGAUGACAAUUGCGAGAUUCUUUUGCCUGGUGGUAUCUCCAUCCCUAAUGUUUCCAAGUCUAUCAAAUGCGAUAAAGGCGAGCGUAUGCGCUUUAGGUCUGAUAUUCUCCCUUUCCAACAGAUGGCAGAGCAGUUCAACCAGGAACUAUCUUUGGCUGGUAAAAUCCCCUCGGGUCUCUUCAACGCAAUGUUUGAAUUCUCGAGCUGUUGGCAGAAAGAUGCAGCCUAUACCAAAAACCUUGCUUUUGAUGGGAUAUUCAUCUCAUUAUACACGGUUGCUUUGGACAAAUCUCAAAUGUUACUCCGUGACCAUGUUAAGCAGGCUGUCCCAUCAACAUGGGACCCUGCUGCAUUGGCAAGGUUUAUAGAUAUUUAUGGGACGCAUAUAAUUGUUGGUGUUAAGAUGGGAGGAAAAGAUGUGAUCUAUGCAAAACAACAACAUUCCUCAAAACUUCAACCUGAGGAUCUGCAGAAAAGGUUAAAAGAGGUGGCGGAUAAGAGGUUCGUGGAAGCUAGCGGAGUGCAUAAUAUGGCUCCAGAAAAAGUACAUGCAAGUAGUAAGGUGGAAACAAAGGAGCAACGCCUGAGAUUUGCAGAUACCAGUUCCUUGGGCUCUUAUGCAAAUAAGGAGGACAUUGUCUUCAUGUGCAAAAGGCGAGGUGGAAAUGAUAAUAGAAAUCUAUUGCAUAAUGAAUGGCUGCAAUCAGUCCAGAUGGAGCCUGAUGUGAUCUCAAUGUCCUUUAUCCCAAUUACGUCUUUGCUUAAUGGAGUUCCAGGAAGUGGAUUCUUAAGCCAUGCCAUAAAUCUGUACCUAAGAUAUAAGCCACCGAUUGAAGAGCUACAUCAGUUUUUAGAGUUUCAGCUACCAAGGCAGUGGGCACCAGUGUUUAGUGAACUUCCUCUUGGUCCGCAACGCAAGCAACAAAGUUGUGCGUCUCUGCAAUUCAGUUUCUUUGGACCUAAGCUAUAUGUGAAUACCACUCCGGUUGAUGUUGGUAAGAGGCCAAUCACUGGCAUGCGGCUCUACCUAGAGGGUAGAAGAAGCAACCGUUUGGCAAUUCAUUUGCAGCACCUUUCCUCUCUUCCCAAGAUAUAUCAACUCGAAGACGAUCCAAACAGAAGUAUGCGACAAGAGUCCCAUGAUCGUCGAUACUUUGAGAAAGUAAACUGGAAGAACUACUCUCACGUCUGCACAGCACCGGUUGAAUCAGAAGAUGAUCUUUCAGUAGUAACAGGUGCGCAGCUCCAUGUAGAGAGUCACGGGUUCAAGAACGUGCUGUUCUUGCGCCUUUGUUUCUCAAGAGUUGUGGGAGCUACACUUGUAAAGAAUUCUGAAUGGGAUGAAGCAGUAGGCUUUGCUCCAAAAUCAGGACUCAUCUCAACGCUAAUAAGCCAUCAUUUCACUGCAGCGCAAAAGCCACCACCACGACCUGCAGAUGUAAAUAUAAACUCGGCUAUCUAUCCUGGUGGACCACCAGUACCGACUCAAGCUCCCAAACUUUUGAAAUUUGUGGAUACAAGUGAGAUGACAAGAGGACCACAAGAAUCACCAGGGUAUUGGGUUGUAUCAGGUGCAAGGUUACUGGUGGAGAAAGGGAAGAUCUCAUUGAAGGUAAAGUAUUCACUGUUGACUGCAAUACUGGAAGAUGAAGUGAUUGAGGAACACUAUGAAGGUUGAGAGAAAUGGUGGUCGUGUGGCUCAAAAGGAUUAACGAGGAUGGCAGAAAAUAGGAUGGGUGGUUUUGUUUGUGACUGUGUGUGUACAUUCUUCAGCCUUUGUCAUUUGUAAUGUAACGGUGUGUGUGGGUGUUGGUGUGAUAGGAAUGCUUGACUUGUACAUUCCCUAUCUUUGGACCAGAGAUUUUUGGAGAAGCUAACUACACACUGCACCUAAAAUAUCUAUAUAUCACACGAGGAGUUGGUGUUCAGGGAUU